UUGCAACUUAAAUACCUAUAGGAGUUAUCUUGAUAUGUUAAAUAAUACUUGGAAUUCAAUAUGUGAUUUAAAAAACAAUUCCAGACUUUCGCAUAAAUCAGAAAUGACAUCAAGGAAUAUGCUGUCCAAUCAAAACAGACCACGCACUUCAGAGCUUUUAGAGCUGCAUGUAUUUUAUGUUCCUGAAGAAGUAUGGAAUUUCAAGUUGAAUACAGUUUCUAUAGAAGUUAUUAGCAAAUUCUUUUCAGCUGGAUUUAUAAGGGUGUCACCUCAUAUGACAUUGAAAAUAUUAAGAGAAAACCUUGGAGAGUACUUAGGUGAAGAAGCAGUUGUAGAUAAGUAUGUCUUUCUAAAAUGUAUUGGAGAGAAACUUGUGGUGGUGAAAACAAAACAAGAGAUGGAACUGAAGCUGAAAUCAUUUGCUCCUCCGAAUGCAUUUCAUCCAGAACUUUAUUUGUUACCAGGAAUAGAGAGUAUUUAUUCAUCUUUGUCAUCCACUCCAGAGAAACACCAUAAUAAUCCAGAAUAUGUGCUUACAUCUGCAUCAUAUGAAAGACCACAUAGUUUAAUUUCUCCCAAUCCUGAUAUUUAUCAAAACUCAACAAUGUUGAAUAGCUCCUUCAAAAACAAUCUCAGUCAGACUCAGGAAAAAGCUGAUUUUGGUGAGUGGAAUGAAAAGGAAACUAUUCCAGUUCUACAUAAAAAGCAAAGCUCUGAGCAACAAAAGAAUGAAAGUAUUCAAGGAAAAAGUAGUUCACAACAAAGGAAAGGCAAAAUCAGUUGUAACAUCAACAAAACAGAAUCUGUUCCAUCCUCAAAACAGCACCCUGCAAAGAAAUCAGCACCAGUGAAAAUGUAUCAGAAAAAGACUUUCAGCCCAACCCCAGAAAGCCAUAAUAUUCCAGGAAAGGAUGAAAAAUACAGAAAGACAGUCACAUCUCCAAAGAUAGAUCAGAACAAUGAAAAGGAGGAAAAUACUGAAGAGGUUUCUCUUAUGUUGGACACAAAUAUGGAAAAUGGAGGGAAUUUAACAGGAGUUGAAAAUGGAAAGUGUACUACUACUGCUGAUUCUGGAAUCCCCAAAUCCUUGGAAGACCGAGACAUGACAUACUCACCCAAGAAGAGGAGCCAACAACAUGCUGGAAUUACCAAGACUGCUGCUGACCCUGGUAAUGUGCAGAACAAUCAGGCUGAUGGGAAUAACCUAAAUGACUCUGCAUAUCCUAGUCACUAUCUUUCCCCUCCUACUCCACCUCUUCUGGCUGUCUCAGUAAAUAGAGCUCAACUUCCUCACAAAGGUUUUCCAACAGAAGGCCAUGAAUUACAUAAGCAGCUGAAACAUAUUAAGAUAGAAAGAAGACAUCUGGAAAACACUAGAGAGGAACUGGUUAAAAAAGUGAAAAACUUGAUUGAACAGCACAAGCUCAGGAGAUGCCAUGUCCGUGAUUCCUGGAAAAAAAAAUAUUUUGAAAUGAAGAAAGUCACAGUUUUCUCAGAGGAAGCUUUAAAUAAAUUGCAGGAAAAUAUAAAACUACACCACCAAAAAUUAUUGAGGCAGCUAGAAGCUAGAGAUAUCAAGAAAAAAAGAAAUAAUUUAACACAAACCACCAAUUCAAAGAAUAAUGUAAUAAUCCAGAUUACAACCCUGGAGCAGGAAAUUGACCAGCUAAAGAGAAAGCUAGACAAUGCCAAAAUGAAGCUUGUCAUAGAAAUUAAGAUGAAAAAACAAGCAACUUCUGAUUUACAAGCGCUGAAGGCAGAACUGGUGCACAAGAAGGUUCAGUCAUCUUUAAGAUUUCUGUCUGGAAAGCAACUAUUCUAG